CACUAAUAGGCAUGUCGUUUCAACUACAAACACAACAUACGAACUUAACUAAACAAAAGCCACUUGGACUCUGGGAUAGACUCAAAAGAUGUCUAGUCUUUUGAUGUUGAUUAUGAUGUCCAUUUCAAUUUCGCCGUUGAUUGGGGCUCCUGUGAGGACAUAUACUUGCGCUUCGGACACUAUUUCCCGUGCGGAUUGCUGCUUCAUUCAAUGCAUGAUAAUAUCGAACUUCCCAUGUCGAUACAAGUCACACAACCGCAUCGACAACUGCUUUGGAUGCUGCGACAUGACCGGUGAUGGAGGCAGUGGUAAAAAGCGAUCUGCAUCUUCGCAGUUAUCAGAGAGUCUUAUUCGAAGUGAAUCGUCGAAGAAAACUAGAAAAGGUAAAAGCGGGGAGUCUUUUCAAAACGGUUAUGAAGAGGACGCCGAAAGAAAUGAUGGAGAGAGCAAUAAAAUUGACCCCCAGAAAGAUUCGUACAUGUUCCUUAAUAUUCACUACGUCAAGGAAGAUGGACAAGCAACCGAUAGAUCUACUAUCUUAAGAUAAGAAGCAGGUGAUAUAGCGACACGCUCAUCAUUCUGAACACAUUAGGUGGAACCUGAUACCAAAUAUGUUAAUUAGAUGCAAAGAUAGGACUUCCUACAUACGUUAAUAUAUCAUGAAGCAACUCCUCCCGGGAAACUCCCUCGUCUAAGUCUUAUUUACUACCAUCAGAUAUUCUCGAGAAACAAGGAUUUAAAAAAAACUGGACUGAUUUACUCUUUGCGUAUUGUAUUGUUAAAAUUGAUGAAAAUGUCUCAAAAUAUAUGACUCAUUUCUCUAGAACUAUA